UUACGUCAUGUCCGAAACAUCAGCAGUUUCCUGGGACAUGACACAGUCGUUUAGAUUAGAAAACACAGAUUAAUAGAAGAAGAUUACGCGCUGUAUUAGAUCCAGACCGCGUUUAAAUCAUUUUUUGCACUUCAGGUUCGCCGGCUGAGUGAAUUUAGCUGGUUGGAAAUGGAGGCGGUGCCGCGAAUGCCGAUGAUUUGGCUGGAUUUAAAGGAGGCUGGAGAGUUUCAGUUUAGCUCGGCUGUUAAACAGUUCAUACUGAAGAAUUACGGCGAGGAUCCAGACAACUACAACGAGUCUCUGAAGAAGCUGGAACAGUUACGGCAGAGCGCGGUGAACGUGACGCGGGAUUUCGAGGGCUGCAGUACACUACGCAAAUACUUCGGGCAGCUGCACUACCUGCAGAGCCGCGUGCCUUUGGGUCCCGGACAGGAAGCCGCAGUCCCGGUGUCCUGGACGGAGAUCUUCUCGGGAAAGACGGUGACGCACGAUGACAUCAGCUACGAGCAAGCAUGCAUCUUGUACAAUUUGGGAGCGCUGCAUUCGAUGCUGGGAGCGAUGGACAACAGAGUGUCAGAAGAGGGGAUGAAGGUGUCAUGUACACAUUUCCAGUGCUCAGCUGGAGCCUUCACCUACCUGCGAGACCACUUCAGCCAUAACUACAGCGUGGACAUGAGCCACCAGAUCCUUAAUCUCAACAUCAAUCUCAUGCUGGGUCAGGCUCAGGAGUGUUUGUUGGAGAAGUCCAUGCUGGACAACAGGAAGAGUUUCCUUGUUGCACGGAUAAGUGCUCAGGUAGUGGACUAUUAUAAAGAGGCUUGCCGUGCCCUGGAGAACUCCGACACUGCCUCGAUGCUAGGAAAGAUCCAGAAAGACUGGAAGAAACUGGUGCAGAUGAAGAUUUACUACUUUGCUGCUAUUGCUCAUCUGCAUAUGGGAAAGCAAGCUGAGGAGCAGCAGAAAUAUGGAGAAAGGCUCGCUUAUCUUCAAAGUUCACUAGACAAACUGAACGAAGCGAUAAAGUUGGCUAAAGGCCAGCCGGACAGUGUUCAAGAAGCCUUACGCUUCACCAUGGACGUCAUCGGAGGAAAAUUUAACUCUGCUAAAAAGGACAAUGACUUCAUUUACCAUGAGGCAGUGCCGUCUCUGGAGACGCUGCCUUCAGUCAAAGGUGCCCCGCUGGUCAAAGCCUUACCUGUGAAUCCGACAGACCCCAGUGUGACAGGACCAGACAUUUUCUCCAAGCUGGUGCCGAUGGCUGCUCAUGAGGCCUCCUCUCUCUACAGUGAAGAAAAGGCCAAGCUGCUACGAGAUGUCAUGGCAAAAAUAGACAGCAAGAACGAGACUUUAGAACAGUUUAUGGACUCUUUGAAUCUGGACCCAGACUCUGUGGACAACAUGGACAUGUACAACAGCAUCCCUUCUGUCCUCAUGGAGAAAUGUGCAGCUCUGAGUGUGAGACCAGACACAGUGAAGAGUCUCAUACAGUCCAUGCAGGUAUUAUCAGGCGUGUUCACUGAUGUGGAAGCCUCCCUGAGGGAGAUACGGUCAGUGUUAGACGACGACGAAGCUGGUGACCGGAAGCUAGAGGAGGUAGCAGGGAAGCAGAGUGUCCCAGCACAGCUUGCUGCCAUUGCUGAGCUCCGUCGAGAUCUUGAGAAAUACCUGGAGGCUCAUGAAAAAGCAAGCUUUACAAACACAGAGCUUCACCGGGCAAUGAAUCUGCACAUUAGCAACCUGCGACUCCUCGGUGGACCACUGGACACUCUGAGAGAGGCCCUGCCCAGACCACAGCUUACUGAAGAUGAAGUAGCAGGUCUCCAGUGCAUGAAAAGGAUUCUAGGUAAAGUACAGGAAAUGAAAGACCAGCGCAGUUCCCUUGAGAAGCAGCUGAGGGAACUGAUCCAGCAGGACGACAUCACUGCUGCAUUAGUCACCACCGAGAGGGCUGAUAUGAAGAGGAUAUUUGAGGAGCAGCUGAAGAAGUACGAACAGGUAAAGGUGUACAUUGAUCAAAAUCUAGCUGCUCAAGAGAACAUCCUGAAGGCACUGACAGAUGCGAAUGUCCAGUAUGCAACAGUACGUAAGAGCCUGGCCGAGACGGAACACAAAUGGAACAGUACAGUGCAAAUGCUUGUUGCUUCUUAUGAAGCUUAUGAAGACCUGAUGAAGAAAUCGCAGGAGGGAAAAGAGUUUUAUGAAGACUUGGAGGCUAAGGCUUCCCGCCUCUUAGAAAGGGCUAAGACCAUUUGCAAGACCAGGGAAGAAGAGAGAAAAGCCAUUUUGGACAAGGAGAUCCAAAAAAAGAUUCCUCAAAGGCCCACGGCCCCAAAGCCAGCACAAAAGAAAGCCCCAGAUAUGGAUUCCUCUGGCAUAGAUGACCCCGAAAUAGCCAAGCUCAAUGCUGCCAUUUUAGCCUUAGGUGGAGACUUACCAGAAGAUCUUCGUAGUUUGCCUCCUGAGCUUGCUCUGCCUAUGAUACCAGAGGCUUUUCAUCCAGGGGCAGCUGCUCUAUAUGCACCUCCAAGAUUUCCUCCAAACCUACCACCUCCUGAACUUCUUGCACAAAUCUCUCGUUUUACAACUCUUCCCCCAACCCAGGGCUUCAACCACAGUCUACCACCAGGCCCCCUGCCCCAGCAACAUCAGGUUCCUCAGAUGCCCAACCCUCAAAUCUCUCAGCUUUCCUCAGUGCCUGGGUAUUGCCCUCCAUCUUUACAAACCCAGCCUGCUGUAUCAGGCACACAAACUCCCAUUCGCACAUCCACCACGACUGUGGACAGUGUGCAAACACCAAUUCCCAGCUACACUCCAACACCAGGACAGCCAGCUAUGCCUGCUGCCCCUGGACACCCUAUGCCCACUCCUGCAGUGUAUAAUCCCCCCUCUGCAUUGGCUUCUCAGCCUCAAUAUUUGCAGCAGCCUGGUGUUCCUGUGAGUCAGCCACCUCAGGGAGUACAAGCACCUCAACCACAGUCACAUCCUCCUCAACCAUUUCCCCAAGGUCGUGGUCAGGGGCAACCACAACCGAGCCCACCACAGCCAUUGUUCCAAACGGUGCCAGCUCGGCAGCAUCUACCUGCACCUGUAACUGGGCCUCAACUCCCACAACAAACUCAGCCCCACUAUCUACACCACAUGGCGCAACCAAGACCACCUGGGCCGCCUAUUCUUCAGCAACGACCAUUUAAUAUUCACUCUGCACCAUCUGCACUGCCUCAGCAGGUGUACCCUCCUGUCUCUUUUGUUCCUGGUUGCCAACCUGUGAAUGCCAUUGCCCCAAAUCAGCUGCCUCAUCAUUCCAUGCAACCACAAAUGCCCCCGACCUCCCAGCCAGUGCCUCAAGUUUCUAUGCCACAUUUACCAAAUGUAAAACAAAUGCCCCCUUGUUCCCAGUCCUAUAUGCCCCCACUCAAUCAGCAAGUGCAUCCUAUUCCUCCUUCACAAACGGUCCUUUCCUCACAGCAGGUACCACCUCCUCAACAAAUACCUCCACUUUCUCAGCAACAAAUGCUACCACCUUCCUCCCAAAUGUCUCCUCCCACUCACCUGCAAAUGCCUGCAGUUUCCCAAGCAGGGCUGCAUUCUUCUCAUCCACCGGUAUCUGCAGUUUCCCAGUCUUUACCUCAUCCAUCUCGCCCACCAAUGCACAGCAUUUCCCAACCAUUACCACACCCCUCCCAUCAACAAAUUCAUCCUCCCUAUCAGCCAGUAUUUCCAGCAAACACACAAAGGGUUCCAGUCCCUGUCCAGCCUCAGUUACCUCCAGCCUCACAGUUCCCAGUGCACACCAAUGCUCUCCAUUCACAGCCCCAUGGCAAGAUUCCCUCACAAAUCCCUCCUGGUCCUCAUCCUUCAGUGCCCUCACAAAUGACCCAGCAACCUAUCAACUUGCCUCAACACCAUCUCCCUCCUCCCGCUACACCUGUGGGUUAUCCUGGUGGUAUUCCUAUAGUUCCCCACCAAUCCACAAUUCCUCAGCAGCCGCAGACUCUGCCUCCACAGGUACCAUCAGGGGCACCAGCCCCCUACCCUGGACCACAUGCUGGGAUCAUUGCUCCUGGACCAAUACAGCAUUCCGGACCAGUCGUUACACCUGGACUCCAGACACUUCCUCAGGCUAUUAUCCCACCAUCUUCAGCUGCACCAGGGGCUACACCAAGCAAUGUCCUGCCUGCCCUCUCACCUUCUCCAUCACCAGGGCCCUCCUCACUAGGUAUUGUGCCUCAGAGACCCUCUCCUGCUCUCACACCUGUUGCAGGUGCAGCGAUACCACAGACUGCAACAACACCCCUGCCCUCAUCUGGCCCCUUGCCAUCAUCCAACUCACUGUUUCAGCACCAGAAUUCCAGUACAGAUGAUCUUCUUUCUUCAAGCCCUGAGAGCCAACAUGGUGGUAGCAAAGACACUGCCAAUGUCUUAUUACCCACCAAGGCUGAUCCUCAAGAUGAACAGCUUCGCAAGAAAUCAGAGGGAGUGAAGAUCAUUCAAGGUGAUCCAUACCAGGCUCCAGAAAGGGUCUCGCAGCUGUGUGCAGAGCUUGAAAGAUUUCGUUCAACUGUCCAAUCUUUGGAGCGUCCCUCAGGAGAGGGAGGUUUAUCAGAACUUGAUGCUCGGUGGAAGGAGCUACAAGACCAGCAAGAGAAAGAUUCUCGCCAGCUUUCUAUCGCUAUAGCCCGGUGCUACACCAUGAAAAACCGCCACCAAGACGUCAUGCCUUACGACUGUAAUCGAGUUGUUCUGCACUCUGGCAAAGAUGACUACAUCAAUGCAAGCUUUAUAGAGGACCUAUCGCCAUAUUGUCCACGUCUCAUUGCAACCCAGGCGCCCCUUACUGGAACUGCUGCUGAUUUCUGGCUCAUGGUCUAUGAGCAGAAAGUGUCUCUAAUUGUAAUGCUGGUGUCUGAGCAAGAACUUGAAAAGCAAAAAGUUCUGCGGUACUUUCCAUCAGAAAGAGGACAGCAAAUUACUCAAGGCUCAAUCACACUCAGUCUGACAACCCAGAAAAACACAGCCACUCAUGUGGAGCGCAUGAUUGGACUGCAGUAUCGAGAUCAGAGUUUGAAGCGUACAGUCAUCCACCUACAGUUCACAUCGUGGCCUGAGCUCGGAUUGCCAGAGAGUAAAAGUACCCUCAUUCGCUUCAUUCAGGAAGUUCAUGGACAUUACCUUCUCCAGCGCCCUUUACACACACCUGUCGUGGUGCACUGCAGUUCUGGCGUUGGUCGAACCGGAGCCUUCUGCCUGUUGUAUGCUGCAUUACAAGAGCUGGAGGCUGGGAAUGGUAUACCUGAUCUAUCCCAGUUGGUGAGGAAGAUGAGACAACAGAGGAAAAACAUGCUACAGGAGAAGUUACACCUAAAAUUCUGCUACGAGGCGGUCCUGAAACAUGCGGAGCAAGUGCUUCAGCGUCGUGGCAUCAUCACCACCCCGAGCCAAAAGUCCACAAACAGUACAGCAGUUAAGCAGUAUUCACAGCCAGAGGCUCAGGAUAUCGUUCUUGGAGGUGAUAUGCCAAUUAGCUCCAUCCAGGCUACGGUUGCUAGGCUCAGUAUCCGUCCACCCAGUGUAGAGUCUGACCAGGACCCAAAUCAGGACCCAAUGCCUUCUAUUGCUGCAGGACUAGAACCCAACUUGACACUAGUCCAGGACCUCCAAGCUUCUCUCACUGACACUGUUCCUGCCUCACUAAGUCCCCCAAUUUCCUGCCCUACUUCUCCAGGUAAGAUGCAGUCCCCUUCUCCUCCUAACCACCCGGGUAAUGGGUUCGAGGGACCCGCACCAAUGCCAAUAUCCGACAACCAUGCCGCGCCAGAAGUCGUUCCUCCAGCGCUGUCAUCCCUAGACCUCCUGGCUUCGCUAACACCUGAAGCUUUUACACUUGACAACGGUUGUCGUGGCAAACAGAGAAUCAGCAAACAAAGUUUUUUCCAGGCGCAAGAAGGCCAGGGUCUGCAGGGUCCUCCGAAUGGAGAUGACCCACUCAGCACCCUGGAUCCCCUCUGGACUCUCAACAAGCCCUGACUUCCUGCAAUCUCUUUUAAUGAGGCCACUUCUGUUUAUGCCUCUCAGUGUUCUGUAUUUCCAGAUCACUCUACCAUUUAGCAUUUCAAUGCUUUUCAGCUAGAUAACAGCCUUUAUUAGUUGAAUCCGUUAAGGAGAAGGGAAAUGCCAAGAUCCUUGUCCAUGACCUGGACGUCUUGGACCACCUCACUGUGUGUCGGUCCCUGUGUACAUCUUGGAAUCUGCACCUUUCUGGUAUUGCUCUCCUUCUUACUUAAAGCUGUUUCCCAGCAUGCAACACCUCUUCUGAAUAUCAGUCAGGCCUUCUAAAUGGACAUUCACACCUAAUGUCUUUACAUGGAUACAAAAAGUCAUGGAAAUGAAAGUGUGGGCUCAGCGAGCACUACAGACAAUAGAUUUAUUGGAGUUGUGGUUCGCUUUAAUCUCAAACUGAAAAAAUGGUAUUUGAAAGAGGAAGUUCACCAGUUCAGCUUGUAAGUCUUCAACAUGUGACUGACAAGAUUUCUAAAUUCUACUGUCUAGACUCCCUUCAUUCUACUUUGCUGCUUGCCUUGUGACCUAUUUGGUGUCAGCUAGGACCAAGCUGAAUAAUAGAAAAAUUAAUCUGACAAAAAGUGCUAACUUUAUAUUAGCAUACAACUGAAAAAAGCAAGUGAGGACCAGUUCCCAGAAUCACAUUUAAGUAAUGCUAGCUGCCUUCUACUAACAUUUAUAAGCUAACUUCUAGUGUUAGCUGUUUUUGGGAGUAUUUGCUAACUUUCUGUACGGCUAAGUGACGCUGGUAUGACGCUGUGUACCCACUUUCCUUAUAACACAUUAUACACCUUAUAACUUAUUUCUGAUUCGGCACACCUUGACAUUGAGUUGAUUUGUUCUGCCUUGUUAAAUGUUGUAAAUACAUCUUAAUUAAAAACUGCUCAUCAAAUCA